AUGUGGCAACGGGCCGUACUGGUCUCGCAGCCCACGCAUCCAGAUCUCUACGAUCACGACACACGCCAGAGGAUUUGCAACGUGUGCAAGAAUGAGUUUACGUGUCAUCCGCCGACGAGAGCCGAGCUCUUGGCAUCUUUCACUGGACCCGAACUUGCAGCUCUGAUCGAGGAACGCUGCUUCAUUGGCUCUGCUGAGAACUUCAGUCGUGAACUGGAACGACAGGUGGCCAGCUUUCCCGGCAUCAUGCGGGAAGGAAUUGUUUGCUUGAACUGGAUCAGGCACUAA